AUGGGGUUUCCUACCACUAUCUACCUACCCCGAUGGGACGGAGCCGCCCGAACCAGAGAACUUGGCCGAAAUCCAACGGAGAUCGCAGGCUCCACGACCCUCGCGUUGAUCAAGGAUAUCCUACCUCUUCUUGAAGGCAAACCAACCGCUUCUUCUUUUCCUUCUGGAGGACACCGCUUCACGAACCUGGCUCCGUUGACCGACGGGACUCUCCCCAACGCGAAGCCGGAUUUCUACUACGGUGCACGAUCCAACCAGCUCGAGCCGGCUGUUCGACAGGCGCUGAAUGACCAGAUCAUCCCAUCCACCCAAGACCACGGCUGUUGCCCAGUGGCACCGAACUUUUUCGUCGCGGUCCAAGGUCAUUGUGGGGCUGCGCCUGGAGCCAUGCGGCAGGCUUGUCAUGAGGGUGCUCUGGGCGCGCGAGCGUUACAUUCCCUCCAGCUCUUUGGGCAUGGGAAGGGGAAUCCAGGUGACUGCAGACCGACAUAUGACAACAAAGCCUACACUACGAUGUGUACGUAUCAUAGUGGGUGUCUGGGCAUUUACGCAACCCAUCCUACAAGGUCUAGGAGCCACUCCAACCACCAAGACUCUUCUACUCCUACUACGACUGAUUAUGUGAUGACCCAGGUCGGGCAAUGGGCGUUACUCGGCGAUCCCGAGACCUACCAGCGGGGCGUGACUGCCUAUCACAAUGCGCGGGACAUGACCCAGGAAUUUCGAGACCGGUUGAUCCAGCAAGCGAAUGCUCGAUAUACAGCUGGUCAAGACCACCAGUUCCCCGGAUCUCCACUCGAACCACGACGGAGGCGGCGGAUGAGCCAAGCACCCGGCCGAGGGUUUUGUGGUAGACCCAGCCGGGCGUCUCGGCUUUGUGAGAGAGAGUGAUGGGUGAGAGUGCCUACUCAGUAAGCUCCAACUUACCUACUACUUCUACUGUACAUAUGUUAGUAGGAAGUAACGUAACUUCCGUAGUAUCUGAGAUGUUCAGCAACACAACACAAUUG